AUGGCACCCGUAUAUUUUCUUCUCGUUAUGACCACCAUGAUGCGUGCUGCGGUGGGCAUGGCGACAUCGUGGGCUGGAGAUCAAUCUCGUCUACACGAUCCCCAGAAGGCAGUGGAAUCACGUAGCGUGAGUGUGGGCUUCAGUUUCCAGCCGUCGUAUGUCGCCGGAACUGUCCUCUUCGAGGAUGACGAUGGCAACCUCGAGUGGCAUACAGAGAUCGAUCGGAGCAGUAAUGCGUACCAGAAGGUUAUGGCGAAGUUGUCGCUUCCUUCUUCGCGCCACCUCGCUCCCCCAUACGACGACAUGGAAGAGAUGUGGAGGGACCUGCCCCGCAAAGCCCUCCGAGAAUCCCUCAAAUUAGUUGGUCUUCCAGCAUCUUACGAAGUCGGCAUCCUCGGGCAUGCAGCCCAGCGCCUCCGUACCAAGUUGGAAAAGACGCACAACAUCCACAUCGACGGUGCGGUCUUCACUGGAUCUCACCUCACGGCGCUUUACCAGGACGACCUUGAGGACGUCGCCGCCUUCCUCAAGAUCCACUAUUUCACACCCAACUGGCAGUUCAGGCCUUUUGUAUGGGAGUCGGCCUCUGCGUACGCCGGCUACGGAUUUGGACUCUGCGAGCAUUGGCGCGACGAGGCGAUUUGCGAAAAAGAGAUGGAGGAGAUGGAGAACCUACCCGUCAUGUCGGUGCACUUCACGCGCAACGCCCUGACCGUCGCGAUGCCUGUUAUUCAUGCCGCCGUCAUGGCGUGGGAGCCCGACGGCCGGCACUUUGAGAAUUUUACGCUGGGGAGUGACGCCAUUGUGAACUAUCCCACCCAUGACGCUUACUGGGCCGACGUGCGCGAGUUCCUGCUCUCGGUCACUUGGGUACACCCGGGCGCACGAGCUCCUCGGAGAAUCAUCGUGCUAGGCGACAUGGUGGACGAGCAUUUCCUCCGGGUCUUGCGCGAGACAGUUGUGGCGCAUUGGGGGGACGAUGAAGUAGGGCCGAUACAUUCGCACUUGGCCGAGUCGGCCUCUUCAAGGGGCGCAGCCGAGUUCAUGCGCCGGGGGCCGGCGUCAUGGGCUAGCAUGAAGGGAGACGAUGUGGAGCUCUGA